AUGGCGCGACUGGAUGUUUACUCGAGCAGCAAAGUGUUAGAAUUUGUUCAACUAUUGCUUGUCGUGCACACAUUUCACUUCUACACAACAUAUGUCGCUGCAGUAGAAAGUCAUAAUCAAGCAUUCAUUCAGACAGACAAACACCUCACAUACAUUGUUGGGGAUAGUUAUAUAAACUCUGGCGUUCCGUUAGAA